GAGGAGGAGGAGGAGGAGGAGAAACCACUGGCUGUGACAGCGACAGUUGCUUCUCUCUCCGGCUUUUCUCUCUUCCUUCCCCCCACUUUCUCGCUUCUUCUUCUUCAUCAUCAUCAUCAUCACCCUCAGCAACAGCAGCUUCUCCAGGCUCGCCAGCAGCAGCAGAAGUCGAAGAAUCAGCGUCCAUCGACAGCGUGGAGAGCAAAUGAGCUGCGAGAGGGCGACGGGGGAAGAUGGGGAAAUGGCAGAUGAGCGAAUGUUUGGGUGAAGAAAUGAAACGAGAUAUUUAUUUAUGAUAAGAAAAAGCAUCAACAGGAACUAUUCCCAAAAAAGAAACGAUUCUGAGGCGUAAAGAAACAUGGAUGGUUCUUCGUCCUCGCUGCAGUACGGAUCAAAAAAGCGGGUCAAGAUCCACCCAGACACGGUGACAGUGAAAUAUGCCACCCACUUCCCCCAGCCCGGGGACGAAGGCUACGAUGACGCGCCCUCCUUCGAGGACUUUGGCGCCUUUGCGGAAGCCAACACGGGGAAAAGGCUGGCGACGGAGAGCAGCAAAGGGGGCAGGACUUUUUUUGGCACCAUGGAGACCCAGCCCAGGCAGCCGAGCGUGCCGAGAGACAAGGGGGUCGGGGGUCAGCUGGCCAGCUUCGGCGAGGCCAACGUGCUGGCCUCGAGGGUGACCUGGAUGGCGUUGUUCGGGGCGGCAGUGGCUCACGGUUGUGUGGCGUUGAUUACUCGUCUCGCCGCCGACCGCUCCAAAGUGCCCUCCCUAGAGCUGCUCUUCAUCCGCUCUGUGAUCCAAGUGCUGUCCAUCCUGGUGGUGUUCUACUACCAGGAGGCGCCCUUUGGCCCCAAGGGCUACCGGCUGCGGCUCUUCCUCUACGGCGUGUGCAACGUCAUCUCCAUCACCUGCGCCUACACCUCUUUCGCCAUAGUCCCACCGAGUAACGGCACCCUCAUGUGGCGUGCCUCCACCACGGUGUUCAGCGCCGUUCUGGCCUUCCUGCUGCUGGACGAGAGGCUGGGCUACACGGACGUGGUCACGGUGGUGGGGAGCGUGUUCGGCCUGUGCCUGGUGAUGGUGCCCAACGUGGCCGACGAGGAGAAGUCCAGAUUGGGGUUUUGGAAAGAGGCGUUCGGCUACACGAUGACAGUGACAGCAGGUUUGACAGCCGCCCUCUCCAUGAUCGUCUACAGAGCCAUCAAGGAGCGCGUCAGCAUGUGGACGGCGCUCUUUACCUUCGGCUGGACGGGCACGGUCUGGGGGGCGUCCACCAUGUUUGUCAUGCAGGAGCCCAUCAUCCCUCUGGACGGGGAAACCUGGGGCUACCUGAUUGGGAUCUGUAUCUGCUCCACCGUGGCGUUCCUCGGAGUCUACUACGCCCUGAACAAGUUUCAUCCCGCCUUAGUCAGCAGCGUGCAGCACCUGGAAAUCGUGGUCGCCAUGUUCCUCCAGCUUAUCGUCCUGAGGAUGAUCCCGUCUAUCUAUGAUGUCAUCGGAGGCCUGGUCAUCAUGAUCAGCGUGUUCACUCUCACAGGAGUCAAGCUGUACAGGGUGAGCAGAGCCAUCCGGCAGGAUUAUCAAGAGAUCCUGGACUCGCCCAUCAAAUGAGUUUUGGGAAGUGUCGGGCCUGUUUGUUUACAAUAUUGCUUGGUUGUGCAAUUUCAAGGAAUGUCUGGAUCUUCAUCUGAUGAUUUUUGUAUUGUUGUGUUGUGGGAAAGGUGCCAGUGUGUGUGUGUUUGUGUGUGUGUGUGUAACUAAUGUCUUAAUAUUUGUGUGUAAAAUACAAAAUGUAAUACGGUAAGCGUUUCUACCUGUGAGUACUGCUUUAAUGUUAAAAAUGCAUCGAGACCAAAAUGUCAGCAUAAAAACAAGAUACAGUUCAAUUUUUAUUUUGUGAUUUAUUUUGCAGCAACUUUUUCUAGCAGUAACUUCAACAAUGUCUGCUGUGACACUGCCACACUUGUUACAAAUGUGUAAAUGUCAGCCCAGAAAUGGUUCGUACUAAAUUCAAGGAAUGGAAGAAUAAAAAUGAAUACCACCCA